UGUGUAUAUCAGGUGCUGUAUAUAAUACCCUUCUAGAUACUGGCAUUCCUGAAAUUCCUCACAACCCCAUCAAGAAUGUUCAGCCAGACCAAAUUAAAGCUGUUCUGGGAAUAAUCUUGUACUGGAGACCUGCUGGUCCCUUAACUCAAAGAAUAAAUAGCAUAGAAGAAAUGAUUCAGAGCCCAAGGGUUGAAAAGAAGCAAUUUCCAAGAUAACAGAUGGAGCCGGAGACCACACCAUGGGGUUACUAUGGCCAUUAAAAAUGUCUACAGUACAAACCAGAAGGACGUUUUGAUAGAUUUGAAUUGUCGCCUGGCUGCGUAUCUUGAAAAAGUAAAGACGUUAGAGGAGUCCAACCACAAGCUUGAGCAACAGAUCCAACAGGUGUCUGAGAAACGGGUGGUAAGGCGAGACUACAAUAACCAUCAGAAGACCAUUGCUGAACUUGAAAGUCAGAUAAACAGAAUGAAGCUGACUAACUCUGAGCUGUACUUGAACAUCGAGAACACAAAAUUAGCAGCAGAUGGCUUAAGAGCUAAGUAUGAUACUGAACUGGCCACACGUCUUACUAUAGAAGAUGAUAUGAAAGAAAUGAAGGCAAACAUUAGUGAUCUGGACAUGCAGAAGCAUUGUCUGGAAACAGAAGUACAGAUCUUAAGUGAGAAGCUGGAGAACCUUAAGAGGGACCACACUGAGGAUCGAGAACAUCUUCUUCAACAAAAGUUGAGGUGUCAAGUUAAUGUUGAGGUUGAAUCACUGGAGACAACACAACUCACUAAUGACCUGGAUAAAUUGAGACAACAAUACAAUGAAAUAGCAGAUCAUCACAUGAGGGCUUCUGCAACUUGGUUUGACCGUAAGGAGACUCACGCAACCACCUAUCAGAAAGUUCAGUCAAAUUUGGAUCCUGAAUCUCUUGUGAGCCACAGAAGACACUUGAACAUGUUGAGAAGGAGUGCCCAAGAGCUGAAAGUUGAGCAUGAAGUUCUUCAAAGCUUAAACUAUGCUCAGGAGGCAGCUCUAUAUGAAACUAUAUCGGGCUUUGAUGCUCAGCUGCAGAAUAUCGAGGAAAUAGUGCUAAAGAAAGAAGAUGAGUUGUCUAAGCUAAAGGCUGAAGCAGAUAGAUUGGCAACUGACAGUAGGUUAUUAUGUUACAUGAAAGAUCUCCUUGAAAUGGAAAUACAGACUUAUGGCCUGCUAAUGGUUGAAGAGGAAAACAGGAUAGAAGAAGUGAUUCAUGAGCAACCUUGCCAAGGCAUUAUGAAUAACAGACAAAAAGCUGGGACCUACCAGCCUUCCUUUGCUCCCUUGUGGCAGGCCCAUCCACCAGAGUCACCUUUGUCUUCUCUCCAACAAGUCGCAGCCUAUUUCUUGCCAGCAAGGCUACUUCUACUUAAAGCAUCUUCCUCCAUUGGAGGGUGCCUGAGCAAUAGGUUCUUAGCUUGCUAAUUCCUGCAAAGGUGUGCUGUAUUCAUUUGUUUGCCUGUGUACUGACUCUCUUUCCAUUUCCUGGAUAUUGACCCUUUGCUAUCUGAUCUCAGACUGUUUAUCGGAUUGCUCGUACUUUGCCUGCCCUGAUCUCAACCUGUCCCUGACCAUGAUUCUGCAUGAUCUUUCAGGGCUCUGCACCGGUGUCUCUGACACUGGGUCAGCUGCCAAUCACAUAGAGACUAUUCCAGGAGGUAGUAGCCUGGUAGUUCGCCUGCAGUGAAGUCCCGAUCCCAAGCUUAAGAGGGUGAAAACCAGGAACUGCUAGGAUAAAUCUAAAGCCAACUGUGUUGGUUGAAAGAGUGGUCCCACAUCCUCUAACACUUUCUAACCGGCCACAGAAUAAUCGACUUCAUGGAAGUGCUUUCAGAUUUAUUUUGAACGCCUUAUCUUCUGUUGAAAUCUUCUCAAUGACAUAUUCAUAAUGUUCAAAAUUGCAUCCAUCAUCUUAUUGAUGGUCAUCCACUUCUACUCUUUGAAACAUAAUUGCCUUUUUCAUUGUCCUUUGUCUUCCUGUAAUAUGUCUAAAAUAACAUGAAACAUCACUAAAGUCAUUUGUUAUUUACAUGGAUGGUUGGACUUGACUGUAUUCCUGUCUUCUGAAGUCUUUGACAAUAAAAAAAAUUUGCCUAAUUUCCCUGUUCUUUUGUGGCCUGCACUGACUUGUGGAAGCUAGAAUCUAAAAAUACAAACCUAACCUCCACCAGAACAAUAAAUAGUUUGAAUAUGGCAACACUAUACUGUCAUGUAGGCCCUCAAAUUCCCUCAAAUUCUCUCCAACAUCCCAUGCCGUUCUACAGGUCACAUUCUGUUUAACUAAAAACACUAAUAUUUAGACAAAUUAUUUUACAAUGCCUAGUCAUUAAUUUGCUGUUCAGUGAAACUAUAGAGAAACCCAACUAUAACCCAACACCUCUGGCCUUUGUUCAUUAGUUGUUUCUGGUAUUGAAGUUAAUCCCUAAUAUAGUGAAUUUGGCUAAACUGCAUUACCAGGCACAGGCCAUGGUCAAUACUGUUUUUUCUGAGGAGGGAGCGCACUUUUUCUAAUCCUAGACAACCCUUUUUUUUUUUUACUUUGGUUUUGUUCAAGCUUAACAUAUUGAUCAUAGGUAAUGUAAAGAAUAUGGAGGCAAUAUACCUGCACUAUUAUAUUCUCUGUUAAAAUAUAAGUAUUUUGUGCAAAUCUCUCUAAAAGUUAUAAGGACAGAAGUAGUGAAAUAUAAAACCCAUGCUAACUA